AUGACCAAACAGCCAGCUAUUCACCAUGACUCACAUGUUCAAAAAUCACUAGAAACUUUUGGGUCAAUCCUACAAAACCAAACUAGUGCCAUUCAUCAUUUAGUAAACCAAUAUAAGCAUUCACAAUUCAGUCAGAAUCAAUUGAAGAAAUCAUUAAAUAUACUAAACACUGCCUUAUUGAAAAAUGGGAAAAUUGUGAUAUCUGGUAUCGGGAAAUCUUAUAAAAUUGCUGCAAAGACUGUCGCCACAAUGAACUCUUUAGGAAUGCAUUCAGCUUUAUUACAUCCUUCAGAAGCAUUACAUGGUGAUCUUGGUAUUUUGAGAAAAGAAAAUAAUGAUUGUUUGAUAAUAAUAUCAUCUUCAGGGAAAUCUCCAGAAAUAUUACAAUUACUACCUCACAUCUCUUAUGAAAUACCCAUCAUCUUGUUAACAAAUAAGAAGAACUCCAUAUUAUCCUCACAUCCUCAAGUUAAAUCAUUACUUUAUGCUGAACUGCCUUCUCAAUUAACAGAACAAAGCAUUUACGGGUUAACUGCUCCAACAAUUUCAACUACAUUAUGUCUAACUUUAGCAGAUGCAGUUUCGAUCGCAUUGGCUGAACUUCAUGUUGCUGAUUUAAGUGAAAGGAAAAGAAUAUUUGGUGAAAGACACCCUGGUGGUGCAAUUGGUGAAGCGUAUGGAAACGUUUUAUCUUCACAUAAUUCCUCAAUGCUGAAUACUCCAAGUUAUAGUUCAAGCUCGUUAAGUUCUGGAACAGGUUCAAACUCAAAUUUUUCUCCAGCUUUAAAUCCAACUAAUUCAAUCAGCUCAGAUGAUGAUGAACCGAAAUUAGAAGAUUUACCUAAAGUUGUUUUCGAUAUUGGUUAUGAAAAUGAUGUUCAAGGUCAAGAAUUAAUUAGAGCUGCUAAAGAAUCAAAAAAUGUUGGCCAAAUUUCUGGGUUUUUCAAAUCUGAAGAGGAGAUUUUACAAAGUAUUGUGCUUUAUGAUUUCGUGGUAUUCAGUCAAUCGUUUGUUAUUGCAUCUGAUCGUUUAAAAGAGGUUUAUAAACUGGUUCAUGAGCAUCAAUAUGAGAAUUCUACUGACAAAUUUGAAGAAUUGAAAUGGAGAAUCAAGGAGAACUUGUCUAGGUAUUAUUAA